UUAAAAAAUAAAAAAAAAAUUAAUUUUUUACUAACUUUUCAACACACCACCUAAUAAAAUAGCUCAUCUAUCCACUAUUUUCCCUAAUUACAAUAUCAAAAAAUAUCACUAUCACUAGUCCAUAAUACGGAACUGAAUAGUAACGAGAUAACCAUAUACUCUCUUCUUUCCUUCCUCAUACAUGUUCUACCAAACUUUUAAUCUUCUUUCCACAACAUUUGCUCCCAAGAAAAAGCCCUCCUCUUCUCUACCCAAUUAUGCCCACAUCACCACCAGACAUGGGUAGCAAUUCAGGCACACCACCCCACAACCACCACACCAUCACCGUAUGGGAAGUGAACCAAGCCCGAUUAGACAGCAUGCGCCAAAAAAUCACCGCCACACCGGUCCUCCUCAGCAAGACCGCCGGCCACAGCUCCUGCUCCAUCUUCCGAGUCCCCCAAACCCUCAUCGACAUCAACGGCGGCGCCUAUCAACCCCACAUCGUCUCCAUCGGCCCCUACCACCACUCCCAACCCCACCUCCAAAUGAUCGAAGAGCACAAAUGGCGUUUUUUAGGCUCACUUUUAAGUCGAACCCAAUCCAAAGGCCUCACUUUAGAAGACUACCUCAAAGCAAUUCAACCCCUCGAAUCCAAAGCCAGAGAUUCCUACUCCGAAACCAUCCGAUUCGACGCCGAUGAGUUCAUCGAAAUGUUAGUCCUCGACGGCUGUUUUAUAAUCGAAUUGUUUCGCAAAAUAGGCAACGUGGUUCGUUUCGACCGAAACGACCCAUUAGUGUCUCUGUCUUGGGUAUACUCGUUUUUUUUACGAGAUCUUAUUCGUUUAGAAAAUCAAAUCCCUUUCUUUAUCCUACAACGCUUGUUCGAUCUCUCGAUAAUGCCCGGAGAAGAGUCCGGUCCUUCUCUUGCCAAACUCGCAAUCGAUUUCUUCAACAACGCCAUCCAAAGGCCUGAUGAUGUCAUCGCCCAGUGCCAAACCCUUCAAGGAAAACACUUGCUUGAUUUUCUCAGAUCGAGUUUUAUUCCUAAGGAUCAGCAACAAUAUAACCAACGGAAUCCGGCAGCCGCCACGCAUGUAAUCCAAUGCGUCUCCAAGCUCCGCCGUGCCGGAAUUAAUCUCCGGCAGGGUAAGGUGGCGGAGGAUAGCUUCCUGGUGGUCAAAUUCAAGAACGGGGUGCUCGAAAUGCCGACGAUCUCCAUUGACGAUUUCAUGAGCUGUUUCAUGAUAAACUGUGUCGCCUACGAACAGUGUCAGAAAAAUUGUUCAAAGCACUUUACGACGUAUGCCACAUUUCUAGACUGCUUAAUCAACACGUCUAAAGACGUGGAGUACCUAUCGGAUCAAAACAUAAUUGAAAAUUAUUUUGGGACCGAUACUGAGCUAGCAAAAUUCAUCAACAAUUUGGGGAGAGAUGUGACUUUUGACAUAGAGAUUUGUUAUUUGUCUGGGUUGUUUAGUGAGGUGAAUUAGUAUUAUAAGAAUGGUUGGCAUGUACAGUGGGCGAGCUUUAAGUACACUUAUUUUAGAAGUCCGUGGUCGUUUAUAUCGGCAUUGGCUGCGUUUGUUCUUCUGGUUCUUGCUGUGUUACAGACUUUGUAUUCUGUGCUUAGUUACAUUAAAGAGCCGUGAAAAUUUAGAAAUGGAUUGAGAAAAUAUGUAAAAUAUGAUUAUAUUUGAUUCACAUCUGUUUUUUUCUUUUUGGAGUCAUUAAUUAAAUUCAUAUUCCAGAUA